AUGGAGGCGCAGAGGAGAGCCAGGAAACCUGUUCGAGCCCAAGUUACGAGGCUAUGUAACAAAUUAGAAGCGCUACUGGCAGUGGACCCGAAAGACCUGGACACCAUCAGGGCGAAACAGAACGUCAUCCACACCCUCAAUCAAAAGUUACGAGAGAUGGAUGAAAAGUUAAUGGACGUCCUUAGUGCAAUGGACCCCGGAGAACCGGAGGAAGAAGGAGAGGAAGUAGUAACUGAAGCGGAUAAGGAAUUCCCAGUCAUCACCGAAUAUCAAGAGAAAGUAGAAACGGUGCAAUUGAAGUUGGAGAAAGUCCUUACCCCAGUAGUCCUCACGGGAAGUCCCACUUCAAGCAGUUAUUCCACCGCCUCCGACGGUCACAAAAGAAGAAAGACGUACAAACUCCCCAAAACAGAAAUAAAGAAGUUUGGCGGAGACAUUACAGAGUGGUUGAGUUGGUGGGCGCAAUUCGCCAAGGUGCAUGAAGAUGAGGACUUACAUGAAGCAGAUAAGUUCCAAUAUCUGGUGCAAGCGAUGAUCCCCAAUUCAAAGGCAGCAGACCUCGUGCAGGUGUUCCCACAAACUGCUGCAAACUAUCCAAAGGUCAUUCAAGCCCUACAGGACCGUUUUGGAAAAGAGAAGAUCCUGAAAAGAGUAUAUGUUCGGGAAUUAUUGAAGAUGAUCAUUGAGAAAUCCAAGCAGAAGGUGUCAAUUACGCAGAUGUUUGACAAGUUAGAGGCGCACCUGAAAGCUUUGGAAUCACUGGGGAUUACUCAAGAUCAAAUGGAUAUAUUGUUGUUCCCGAUGGUGGAGUCGUGCCUUCCUGACGACGUUUUAUUGGCGUGGCAAAGAAGCGCAAGUUUUGGGAAGGACGGAAAGAACGAAACUCCUCCAAGAACAGAGUUCGACUACAUGAUGGAAUUUGUGAGAGGCGAGGUGGAGAACGAGACCCAGAGGCAGUUGGCGCAGGCUGGAUUUGGCGUUGGAGAAGAGAAGGUCAAUGAGAAGCAGAAGAAUGGAAACAAGUCGUCCAUUCCGACAGCGGCCUCUCUUUCGAAUCAAGUUGAGAAAAUAGGAUGGAUUUUCUGCUCAAAGUCAAACCACCCCUCACAAGAAUGCUUCCGAGCACAGAAGAUGACAAUGGAAGAGAGAAGAGACAAAGUUCGAGAUAGUCGCUCUUGCUAUGUGUGUCUCAAAAAAGGACAUGGUGCUAAGUUUUGCAAAUCGUCCCUUAAGUGCAGCCAUUGUCAAAAGAAGCACUACAAGUUGAUGUGUCCCGAACUAGAGAAAAAGAGUGAAAGUCAUGGGGACUCAAGUGAAUUUGUGCAAGGAAUGAGAGGUCUCACAGUGCAGCCUUCAGUGACCAGUUAUAAUCAAGAAGGAAAAGUGAACCUGGUGCUGAUGAAGACGCUCCACGUCAUGAUUAAAGGGCCAGGCGGAAGAAAUAGAGAGGUGCGCCUGCUGUUUGACGAAGGGAGCCAGCGAAGUUAUGUGAAGUCUUCCAUUGCAAUAGAAAUGAAGUGCCCCGUGGUGGAAAAUGUCAUGAUGCAAAAUGCAUUGUUUGGAGGCUAUUUGACUGAUGUGAAGUCCCGGAAGAAGUAUGAAGUCGUCCUGGGAGGUAUCGGAAGUAAAGCCAUGAAGAAGGUCAACCUGGUGGGAGAGGAGGUUAUUUGUUUAAGUUGUCCAAUCAUCCCACAAGGCCCAUGGAUAAAAGAUUUGGCGAGGAGGAAGAUUUACCUCACCGAUACCUACUCAGACUCCCCGGAAGUUGAAAUAUUAGUGGGGAGUGAUCUCUGGGGCUCAUUCAUGACGGGAAAGAUGGUCAAACUGGAAGGAGGAUUGAUAGCAAUGGAGUCAAUCUUUGGGUGGACACUUAGUGGAGAAUUGCCAAGUCCAUCACCACAGAAUCUUGCGAUGUUGACCAUAUCGAUGUUGUCGCAAGAAGAGAAGACACUUCCGGAGUUGUGGAAGUUAGAAACCAUUGGGAUUCGUGACUCAGCAGAAAAGAUAAGCGAAGAAGAGCAUGAAGCCAAUGUCAAGGAGAAUAUGCAGAAUGCCAUCACCAAGGAUGACAGUGGUCGGUACGUUGUUGAACUUCCGUGGAGCGGCGGGCGCGAGGGGCUACCGGACAACAAAGCAGUCGCGGUGAGACUCAAUCGUGCUACGGAGAAGCUUAUUAAGGAGGACAAGUACCAGGCCUAUGAUAAGAUUUUUGAAGAGUGGGAAAACGAGGGGAUUAUAGAACAAGUUCAAGAAGAUGACUCAAAGGAUUCCCACUACCUUCCCCACAGACCGGUUUUCAAAUUAGAAAGCUUGACGACACCGGUCAGACCAGUAUUCGACGCGUCGUGUCGGGUUGGAAAGUACCCGUCACUCAACCAGUGCCUCGAAAAGGGUCCGAAUAUGUUGGAAUUAAUCCCAUCCAUACUGCUUCGUUUCCGAGAGAAGAAAGUUGCCGCAAUCUCGGACAUACGGAAGGCGUUUCAGAUGGUGGGAGUGAAAGAAGAAGACCGGAAUUACCAGAAGUUCUUGUGGUGGGAUACAGAAAAAUCCAUCAAAGUUUUCCGGCAUUGUCGAGUGGUGUUUGGGAUGAACUGCUCUCCGUUCCUUUUGGCAGCAGUUAUUAACCACCAUUUGAAUCAAGUUGACGAGGAGGACCGACCAACGGCAGAGAUAUUAAAGAAGUCACUGUAUGUUGACAAUUACGUUGGAUCGAUGAAUAGUGCCUCCGAGUACCAAGAAAUCAAAGAACGGGCAACAAAUAUCAUGGCGAGGGCGCAGAUGGAGCUACGACAGUGGGAAUCGAAUGUGGAUGACACUGAAGGUCAGGGGAACGGGCCAGAAUCGAGUGUGUUAGGGAUGAAAUGGGAUAAGGAGCAAGACACCUUACGUUGCGACAUUUCUCCACUGAAUUUGGAAAAGCUCGUCGUCACCAAGAGGACCGUUUUAUCCAUCGUUUCGCAAGUUUUCGACCCCAUUGGAGCCAUGUGUCCAGCGCUGUUGCCUCCCAAGAUAAAGUUACAGCAGUCAUGGGCCGACGGGUUAAGUUGGGACGCCGAGUGGGAUAAAAAGGAAGUGGACAAGUUUCUUUCUUGGAGUAAGGAAUUGGAGUCACUCCAAGAAAUACGGAUCCCAAGAUGUGCAUUCCCGUAUGGUCAAGGACAAGAAAUUCAGCUCCACACGUUCUGCGAUGCAAGCAAGAAUGCAUACGCGGCGGUGGUGUUUGCUAGAGUGAAAAGUGGGGAGAAAGUGUCAGUCCACCUAUUGCAAGCGAAGUCAAGACUGGCCCCACUCAGUAAGAAAAAGGAGAAGAACGUGACGAUCAAUCGUUUAGAACUGAUGAGUUGUUUGAUCGGUUCACGAUUGCUGACCUCAACGACACAGUCCUUGUCAAUGGAAAAUGUGCCGUGCUUCAUGUGGAGUGACUCUACAAACGCUCUCGCCCGGAUCCGAAGAGAUGAGAACUGGGGAACGUUCGUCGGAAAUAGAGUCAGAGAAAUCAGUCGUCUUCCCCACAACGUAAAAUGGAGACAUGUUCCAGGUCUUCUCAACCCCGCAGAUCUCCCAUCGAGAGGAUGUUCUCCAGUUCAGGUAUUGGAGUCAAGAUGGUGGGAGGGUCCAGCAUGGCUAUUGGAUUCAGAGAGUAGCUGGCCCAAUAUGGAAGGGGGUGUGGACGAAGAAGCAGUGUCACAAGAAAAGAAGAAAGUGACCACCACUGCCAUGUCGUUAGAAGAGAUUUCGCCCCCAUUCAAUUCCUACAGGAAGAAUGUUAGUGUUGCUGCAUGGAUUCGGCGAUUCGUGGGGAAUUGCAGUAAAAGAAGAGAAGACAGAUGCUACUCAAAGUAUCUGACUAUGUCCGAGAUGAGGGCACGAGAAAGUGACCUACUUCUUCAAGUACAGAAGAGGCAUUUCUCUGGUAUGCCGAAAAUUCAAGGAAUGAAAUUGAGAAGAGAAGAAGACAAGCUUCUUCAUGUCCAAACCCGGCUGACCUAUAAGGAAGACACACCGCUAUUGCGAAGUCCAAUCCUACUGCCGAAGGAUGAUCCCAUUGUACAUCAAUUGAUUCAGUAUAUUCAUAAGACCAAUUGCCAUGGGGGAUCGCAGUUUGUAUUGGGAAAAUUAAGGGAACGGUAUUGGAUUCCCGGUGGAAGGAAGACCGUGGGGAAAGUAAUCAGAAAGUGCGUCACCUGUAAGAGAUACUCUGGACGAAGCCAAGUAUGUGAUCCAGCCCCUUUGCCACAAGCUAGAGUAGAGGAGGCUCAGGGUACUUUCCAGACGACGGGAGUCGACCUUGCCGGCCCAAUUAUUCUAAAAGGAGGGAAGAAAGUUUGGAUCGUCGUGUACACCUGCGCCGUUUAUCGAGGUGUAUAUUUGGACAUCGUGGACUCGUUAAGCUCAGACGAUUUCCUGGACUCGCUUGAGAAGUUCACAUGGAAUGUCGGACGGCCGAGUCAAAUUUAUAGCGACAAUGGCACUAACUUGGUAGGCGCUCAGAACCUGUUGAAGAGUCUCAAUUGGAAGAAGAUUGAGGAGAAAGUCAACGUGAAAGUAAUAAAGUGGACUUUCAACCCGCCAGCUUCGCCGUGGUGGGGUGGAUUCUGGGAGCGUAUGGUGCGGUCGAUAAAGGAAUUAUUACGAAGGAUGUUGGGGACGGCCAAGUUGACGAAGAAAGAACUAGAAAAGUGCUUGGCAGCCGUAUCCCAUACAAUCAAUAGUCGGCCGCUUACAACUCUUAAUGAAGAUGGAGGAGAUUUGAUUGCUCUCACGCCAUUGAUGUUCAUGAGAGAUCUCCCUGUAUUCGGUCUCCCUGAACGAGAAGCAAUCACCUCCCGUGACCUUCAAAAUAGUUACCAGAAGUUGGCGAACCUGAGGAAAAGUUUGAAGGAAAGGUUCCGAAAAGAAUACCUGGCCAACUUAAUCCAGAAGAAGAAUGAGCAGAAGGGCCCUCCAAUCGAAGUCGGUGACGUAGUGCUAGUUGGAUCCGACAACAGAAAGCGGUACGAGUAG